CAGCCAAGGCCAUAGAGUUAAGACCCUAUCUCGAAAGAGAAAAAGUGAGAAAAACUGAUAUUUAUUCAGAAUUUUCAAGGUACUAAUCUUGUUACCUCCCUCCCCAAAACUCCUUCAUAAACUGGAGAUUCUUUUAACAUUUUAUAUUUCAAAUUAUCCUCUAAAUGAUCAAAGAGAAACAUUAUGGGCUCUUUGCAGUGGAGGAAAGCAAAGUUAAAAACUGUCCAGUCUGGGUAGUGAAGCAAGAGGAUCCUAAGUGCAGGGCCUGUACACAGUGAGCUCAAGGUUAGCCUGGGUCAACCUCUCUUUUAAAUAAAGUUUAAAAAGAAAGGAUGAGGGCCUGGGUACAGCUCAGUGGUAGUGUUUGUCUACUAUGUGUGAAGCCAUAGGUUCAUGCUCAAUACCACAAAGGAAAAAUUUAGGCGUAAUUAUCCAGUUAGUGGCAGUUCUGGAAAGAUUUCUGAUUUUGAAUCUACAAUUCGCUACUCAGUGUUGGUUACAGGCAUUUGCCACUGUAGCGGGCCCAGUGGGAAGUACAAAACGACCGAGGGCCUGGGAAGGACAUCGGCUCGGUUUCAGCCGGGGGUCCCAAUCAUGCCACUGGACCACUCCUGUGGCGGACAGUGCGGGACAAUGCCUCGUGCCCUAGAAUACUCGAGUCGGACUCGAGCAACCACGCUGACCUGGCCUGAACCUGAGGCUGCACAAGACACGUUCUCACACACGGUGCUCCCACAAUCCUGAAACCCAGGGCCGGGGCCCGGCUAGGCCUGGGACUCCAGGCCUGCCCUCCACCUCACGCCGGCUGCAAAAAACCUCAGGCCCACCGCGUCUGCGUGUUCCCGCGUUCCGCGACCGACGCCAGGGUGAUCCCGCCUCUGUCAGGGAACCAUCCGGUGCUCGGGCCAUCCUACUGCUCCGACACAGCCCACCGGCAGGCCGGCACUCACCCCGGAGACCCAGCCAGCGGAACCGGAAACGGCUGCUCGCAGGAGCUCAGCGGCCGGGUGCGAGUCUGGUCCUCAGGAAGCUGCUCAUUGGCCCAUGGAAGAAGGCCCGCCGCCCUGGGAGCACGCCGACCAAUCAGAGCGAGGGGUGGCUGAGCCGGGGGCGCGUCGCUUCCGGCGGUUUCCUCUCUGCUUCUGCGCGGGGAGCACGAGAGCGUGGGAGUUUUGCGCUGGCCUCCGCCUCCUUUGUGGCGUCUCGGCUGGGCGUGGCUUCGUGCGGCUGGCCGGGUAGGGCGAGCCUGUCAGUGCCCGGCUGCUGAGUGGGUCCCUUGCAAGGCUGUUUUGGAGGAAGAUGCCGUCGCCUCAGAUUCUCGAAGGAGCUUGAGGGUGUCGAGGAACCCGAGGGGGCGUGGGAAGGCAGGCGGCCGAACCGGAGAGCCUAGGGACUAGUCUCCACUCCCAGUGUCCCAGCGUGGGGACUUGGGGGAGGACCCCUUCGCUUCCCCAGAUGGCGUCCUCGCUCCACACGUCAGAUGACCAGGGCUGUCCUGUUCCAGGGACCACAGCUGUUCGAAGAUCUGGAUGUGUAUUUUUCUCAAGAGGAAUGUGUGAGUCUGCCUCCUGUUCAGAAGACCAACAGCAGAGAAGCCCCACUGGAGUGUUUUGAGGAUUUGGAUCUGAUAGGAGGGGAAGACAAGACUGAAACCAGUCAGCAGUUAAGCCUAGAGUCUAUGGAACUUGAAGAGCCGUCCCUAGAAACAUACUCCACUGCAGCACCCCUUGUGCAUUCCUCUGAAAAAUCUGAGGAUGAUGUUGGAACACAUGAAAGGAAAAUGUCAGGUGGAACUUUGACUUGCAAGACCAAAGUUAUAAGCCUCUUGGUCACCAUUGAAAACCAAACCCCAUUAGUAGAAUUGUCUCAAUGUUUAGGAGUCAGAACACUUUCUGAUAUUAUUGAAGUUCCCUGGGAAGAAGCCAAAAAUGUGUACAAGUGUCCCAACUGUGACCAAAGCUUCAGUGAUAAUACAUACCUUGUUCUGCAUCAGAAAAUUCAUUCACGAGAGAAAAGGUAUAAAUGUAGUACCUGUGAGAAGACCUUCAGUCACAGAACUAACCUGAGGACACAUAAGAGAAUCCACACUGGGGAGAAACCUUACAAGUGUACCAAGUGUGCUGCCAGCUUCCGGCAGCAGUCACACCUGUCCCGACACAUGAAUAGCCAUAUAAAGGAGAAACCAUAUACUUGUAAUGUAUGUGAGAAAGGCUUUAUGUGGCUCCCAGGAUUGGCAGAACAUCAGAAGAGUCAUGCUGAUAAAAAGUCUUAUGAACGUGCUGACUGUGAUCAACAUUAUUGUCAGGAAACAAAUCUGGCUUUGCCUGAAAAAACAGGCUCAUCUGACACCCCAUACCAACACACGCAGGGUGUGAAGAGCUUGGAGCAGCCCUCAAAUCCUGUUCUCCCUGAGAAGGACCAUAAGGAGGACUCUAAGAACUGUAGUAUUGACGAUGAAGACUUUUUUUCGUUCUCCAGAUUCAAACCCUUACAGUGUCUUGAUUGUGACAUGACCUUUCCUUGUUUCUCAGAGCUUGUUUCUCAUCAAACCAUUCAUGACAUGGAAAAACCUCAUAAGUGUAAAACAUGUGCAAAAACUUUUGCUCUAGAUUCAGAACUUGCAUCCCAUGAGAAGAACCACAUAAAGGAAGAACCUUUUAAAUGUACGGUGUGUGGGAAGAGCUUUAGAGUGAAUGUGCAUCUCAUCACUCAUAAACGAACCCAUAGGAGAAACACCAAGUAAAUACAAGCUUUUGCUACUGUGUGGGCUUUUCAGUAUCUUUAUGAUGGUAAAUACUUUAUGUGUGGGGCACUACGCUAAGCAAGCACUUUAUACACAUUCCAUGUAAUGUAGGCAGUAUUAUUUAUUACAUCUGAUUUAGAACUGAGGAGACAUAGUUACACAGAUAGCAUGUGAAGCCAGGAUUUAAACUCAGUUACUGAUCAAAUUCCAUUUAUAUGAGCCAGAGAAACAUAGAACUAAUAAAAUUCUGUUUUUGACUGCUGGGUGUAGUGGCUCAUGCCUUU